UGGUGGAGGCCUGCGUUGCUCCCGCCCUCGGCCCGGGGCGCGGCCCGCGAUUGGCUGGCGCGGGCAGAGUGUCUUCUCGGGCCUGGGCGGCCCAGACGAGGCCUGAGGCGGCGGCGCGAGGCAGUAUGGUUUGAAGUGGUGAACAUGGAUUUUUCUCGGCUUCACAUGUACAGUCCUCCCCAGUGUGUGCCGGAGAACACGGGCUACACGUAUGCGCUCAGUUCCAGUUAUUCUUCAGAUGCUCUGGAUUUUGAGACGGAGCACAAAUUGGACCCUGUAUUUGAUUCUCCACGGAUGUCCCGCCGUAGUUUGCGCCUGGCCACGACAGCAUGCACUCUGGGGGAUGGUGAGGCUGUGGGUGCCGACAGCGGCACCAGCAGCGCUGUCUCGCUGAAGAACCGAGCGGCCAGAACAGCAAAACAGCACAGAAGCGCAAACAAAUCAGCUUUUAGUAUCAACCACGUGUCAAGGCAGGUCACGUCCUCUGGCGUCAGCCACGGCGGCACUGUCAGCCUGCAGGAUGCUGUGACUCGACGCCCUCCUGUACUGGACGAGUCUUGGAUUUGUGAACAGACCACAGUGGACCACUUCUGGGGUCUUGAUGAUGAUGGUGAUCUUAAAGGUGGAAAUAAAGCUGCCAUUCAGGGAAACGGGGAUGUGGGAGCUGCCGCCGCCACCGCGCACAAUGGCUUCUCCUGCAGCAACUGCAGCAUGCUGUCCGAGCGCAAGGACGUGCUCACGGCGCACCCCGUGGUCCCCGGGCCCGUGUUGAGAGUUUAUUCUAGGGACAGGAAUCAAAAAUGCGGUGCGUCUUUCUACGUGAAUAGGAUUUUGUGGCUGGCCAGAUGCACUGCGUCAUCUUUUUCAUCAUUUUUAGUUCAACUUUUUCAAGUGGUUUUAAUGAAGCUCAGUUAUGAAUCAGAAAAUUACAAAUUGAAAACUCAUGAAUCAAAAGAUUGUGAAUCCGAAAGCUAUAAGUCAAAAAGCCAUGAAUCAAAAGCUCAUGCCAGUUACUAUGGGAGAAUGAAUGUGAGAGAGGUUCUCAGAGAGGAUGGCCACCUCAGUGUAAAUGGGGAAGUGCUGUGCGACGACUGUAAGGGCAAGAGGCACCUCGACGCGCACACAGCCGCCCACUCGCAGUCGCCACGGCCGUCCGGGCGGGCAGGGACCCUCCGGCACAUCUGGGCAUGUGCAGGUUACUUCUUGCUGCAGAUUCUGCGCAGGAUCGGAGCUGCGGGCCGGGCUGUGUCCAGGACGGUGUGGUCGGCCCUUUGGCUGGCCGUGGCUGCUCCAGGGAAGGCAGCUUCUGGAGUGUUCUGGUGGCUGGGGAUUGGAUGGUAUCAGUUUGUUACUUUGAUUUCUUGGCUGAAUGUGUUUCUUCUUACCAGGUGCCUUCGAAACAUCUGCAAGUUUUUAGUCUUGCUCAUCCCACUCUUUCUUUUACUAGCAGGUCUCUCCUUAUGGGGCCAGGGCGAUUUCUUUUCGUUCCUGCCUGUGUUGAACUGGGCAAGCAUGCAUAGAACACAGCGGGUGGAUGACCCCCAGGACGUAUUUAAACCCACGACUUCUCGCCUGAACCAGCCUCUGCAGGGUGACAGUGAGGCUUUUCCAUGGCGUUGGAUGAGUGGCGUGGAGCAGCAGGUGGCCUCUCUGUCUGGACAGUGCCACCACCAUGGGGAGGAUCUCCGAGAGCUGACCACUUUGCUUCAGAAGCUGCAGGCUCGGGUGGACCGGAUGGACGGUGGUGCUGCCGGGCCGUCAGCAUCGGUCAGAGACACUGUGGGACAGCCCCUGAGGGAGACUGACUUUAUGGCUUUUCACCAAGAACAUGAAGUGCGCAUCUCACACUUGGAAGAUAUUCUGGGAAAACUGAGAGAAAAAUCUGAGGCCAUCCAGAAGGAACUAGAACAGACCAAGCAAAAAACAAUCAGUGCGGUUGGUGAGCAGCUCCUGCCCACGGUCAAGCACCUCCAGCUGGAGCUGGAUCAGCUAAAGUCAGAGCUGUCCAGCUGGCGACACGUGAAGACCGGCUGUGAGACAGUGGAUGCCGUACGAGAAAGAGUGGACGUGCAAGUCAGAGAAAUGGUGAAACUCCUGUUUUCUGAAGAUGAGGAAGGCGGUUCUUUGGAACAGCUGCUGCAGAGGUUCUCGUCACAGUUUGUGAGCAAAGGUGACUUGCACACGAUGCUGCGAGACCUGGAGCUGCAGAUCCUGAGGAACGUCACCCACCACGUUUCCGUGACCAAGCAGCUCCCAACGUCGGAAGCUGUGGUGUCUGCUGUGAGCGAGGCGGGGGCGUCUGGAAUAACAGAGGCGCAAGCACGUGCCAUCGUGAACAAUGCCUUGAAGCUGUAUUCCCAAGAUAAGACCGGGAUGGUGGACUUUGCUCUGGAAUCUGGUGGUGGCAGCAUCUUGAGUACUCGCUGUUCUGAAACUUACGAAACCAAAACGGCGCUGAUGAGUCUGUUUGGGAUCCCGCUGUGGUACUUCUCGCAGUCCCCGCGCGUGGUCAUCCAGCCUGACAUUUACCCCGGUAACUGCUGGGCAUUUAAAGGCUCCCAGGGGUACCUGGUGGUGAGGCUCUCCAUGAUGAUCCACCCAGCCGCCUUCACUCUGGAGCACAUCCCUAAGACGCUGUCACCAACAGGCAACAUCAGCAGCGCCCCCAAGGACUUCGCCGUCUAUGGAUUAGAAAAUGAGUAUCAGGAAGAAGGGCAGCUUCUGGGACAGUUCACAUAUGAUCAGGACGGGGAGUCGCUCCAGAUGUUCCAGGCCCUGAAAAGACCCGACGACACAGCUUUCCAAAUAGUGGAACUUCGGAUUUUUUCUAACUGGGGCCAUCCUGAGUAUACCUGUCUGUAUCGGUUCAGAGUUCAUGGCGAACCUGUCAAGUGAAGACACUACUCAUUAUUUUUGUACAUUUUUGUAUAUACUGGGACAGCCUGAAACACUGGAAUCCUUCAUGGACGAGGGCAUAUACAAUGAUGGGACAGUGCCACUCCUUCAAUAAACGUGGCUGCUGGCCAGAGGACGUGAGUGUGACGGGUGCCCUGGCGCCACCUGUUGGGUGCUCACUGCCUCUGCAGGUGCAGAGGGGUCAGCAGCAGAAGCGUGUUGAACACGUGGCUCUCAGACACUCCUUGUUUUUAACGGGAAGCUCUUUGUAUUUGCAUUUCCUUGACAAAGGAGCAAAGCAGAGGAAGCUGAGAGUCUGGCGUGUUCUUGACGCUUUGGUCUUCAGUCUUGCACUGGCUCUUCUAAAGGACUUUUGGAGGGCAGAUAAUUUCAUCUGUUAAAUCCAACACACAUUUCUUUCAGGGAAAAACAAUGUCACCAAAUUUUCAGAGUUCUAAACCCCUUUCCUUCAAGCCGGGAUUUUCCUUUUUUCAGCACCAGUAGGUACUAAGUCUCCAGAUGGGGAAAUAACUAAAAUGUGUUUUUCUGCUUUGUUCGCUUUUACUUCUGAGAAAGAUUUCCAGUCAGGACUUGCUGUACCAACAUCCGUGGAGGAAUAUGGGAGCGUUUCGCUCUUCUUGUAGGCUGAAGUCAGUCUGACUUGAGGGGGCUGGUUUGGAUCUAAGCAGACACCCAGAUGGGGUUCUCUGGUCUCAGCAAGGCUUUUCCUGUUGGGAGUCACAGUAAAUAGAAACCCAGAAAUCUCAUCUUGGGUGUUUUCAGGGCUCGUUUUGAGUUUUGCUGAAUAGGGAGUGUGAGACGCCCUGCGCCUCUCUCUCACUGGUGGUGAUAAGAGGAGAGCCGUCUGGUGUGUCAGGGUCACGAACCCGUUACAUUUCAGGAUGAUCCUUUUUCCUUCAGCAGCACUUCUUACUGGCUGUGGCUGGAAUCUGCCUUUUAUCACAGCUGUCACCAUUCUCACGUGAUUCUUGUGAGACUCUUUUUGGUUAUAAUUACUAUUUAAUGUUUAGACUAUUUUACUGAGCAGACUUUAUAAAUGAGAUAUCUACAAGGCACUUAAAGUGUUACAGAUGUUUUACCUUAAGAAUUAUUUAAGUUGUGUUGGGUUAAGACAGUUUUUGGUGUACCGUAAAUGUUGUGUUUUCAGAAAAAGACAAAACGAUGGUGCUGACUGGUUUUUUGUAUAUUGCACAACAGUCCUCAAAUACACUGAUGUAUGAAACUAUUCAUACAUCAAGCAGCAUUUUUUUCACUCUCCUUAGAAUUGGAACUAUGCAGUUAAGGCAGAUAAAAUGUACAGAUGUUUCAUAUAUUACAGGUUACAUAUAUAAAUCAAAAUUUCCUAUAUAAAACUGAUUUGGGAUUUGGGGUGGAAAUAUUUUGAAUAUUAAUUUAUUUUUAAAGAUGCAAGAUAGGACUUUGUGCAAUGUAUUUUUGUAAAUGCUUUUCAAAAUAUCUGUCUUUGGUAGUGCUUCUGCUGCUGCCACCAAAUUGAUAAGAUGCUAUUAAGAGGUUUAAAUAAAGAGUUUUAAUUUUUAAAAGUG